AUGCAGCGUGGUUCGGGUUCUCGUUCACUGCAUCCUUCUCCGCAGCAGAAAGGAACGACUGCCGCCACCAGCGACGACGUCCACGCGCAUCUGCUAUCAAACGCGGCACCUAUCAGCCACGACGACAACUCAGCCAGCAGCAGCAGCAACAAGAAUAGAAUGUCGGCCCCUCGCGCUUCCGCUGCCGAGCCCGGCUACGGCACCGUCAAGCAGGGCGACGUCGAGCGUGCAAAGCCGUCCUCGGACGAGGAUAUUCGCGAGCUUCAAGAUGACGGCCCCGCGUCCGAGACGAGCUCCGUCCACGUGCAGGAUGGUGUCAAGCGCGUCGAGGCCAUCACCAUGGUGUGGUCCAAGAAUACCAUGAUUGUCAUGUUUAUUCUUCUCUAUCUCGUCAGCUUCGUCGACACCCUGCUCCAGAGCGUCCAGGGCGCGCUCACCCCGUACGUCACCUCCAACUUCAAGGUGCACGGCCUGCUCGGCGUUACCGACAUCCUCGCCUUCAUCCUCGGCGGCGUCUGCAACCUGGCCAUUGCCAAGGUCAUCGACAUCUGGGGCCGCGCAGAGGGCUUUGCCGUCAUGAUCGUCUUCAUCAUCGUCGGCAUGAUCAUGAAGGCUGCCUGCAUCAACGUCGAGAUGUUCGCCGCCGCCAACACCAUCUACUGGGUCGGCCACAUCGGCAUGCAGUACUGCAUCCAGAUCAUCUACGCCGACAUGACCACCAUGCGCAACAGGAUGCUGCUCUUUGGUCUGCUGCAGCUCCCCACCAUCGCGGCGACGUUUGGCGGACCCCAGAUCGCGCAGCUCUUCUACGAGCACUCCAACUUUCGCUGGGCGUUUGGCGCCUUCACCAUCAUCAUGCCCGUCUUUGCGGCGCCUGUGAUGGUCGUCUUCUGGUGGAGUCAGCGCAAGGCCAGGCGCGAGGGCAAGUUACCGGAGCGUGUCAAGACGCGUACAGCCUUGGAGUCGAUCAAGUACUACGCCAUUGAGUUUGAUGUUGUUGGCAUGUUCCUUACCAUCUUUGGCUGGGUCCUGCUGCUUCUCCCCUUCAGCCUGGUCAACUACGCUCCUCAGGGCUGGAAGUCUGGCUACAUCAUCGCCAUGAUUGUCGUCGGUGUUGUUCUGCUCGCCGCGUUUGUCUUCUGGGAGAAGUACUUUGCUACCGUCCAUUACUUUCCCUUCAAGCACCUCAAGGACAGGAGCAUUCUUGGUGCCUGUCUGCUCUACGGCAUCAUGUUCCUUUCCAUCUUCACCUGGGACACUUACUACUACUCCUACCUUCAGGUUGUCAACAACCUUAGCAUCUCCAACGCCAGCUACGUUCUCAACGCCUUCUCGCUCAUGGGAGCCAUCACUGGUCCCCUGACCGGAGUCCUCAUCCGAUACCACGGGUACUACAAGUGGCCGUCCAUCGCCAUGACGCCCUUUGCCGUGCUCGGCACCGCGCUCCUCGUCUACUUCCGCACCCCCUCCUCGCACGUCGGCUACCUCGUCAUGUGCCAGCUCUUCAACGGCAUCUACAGCGGCGUCUGGGCCGCCACCUCGCAGCUCAGCGUCAUGGCCAACGUCACCCACCAGGAGACGGCCGUCGCCAUCGCCCUCUACAGCCUGUUCGGCUCCAUUGGCGCUGCCAUCGGCCAGGCCAUCGCCGGCGGCCUCUGGACCAACAUCCUGCCCAAGCAGCUCUACCAGAACCUGCCCGACGAGCUCAAGGCUAACGCCACCGACAUCUACGCCGACCUCACGGUCCAGCUCAGCUUCCCGCUCGGUAGCCCGGCCCGCGACGCCAUCAUCCUCUCCUACGGCCACGUCCAGAGACUCAUGGUCAUUGUUGGAUGCUGCUUCCUGCCGCUCUGCCUGGCCUGCCUGUUCAUGUGGAAGAACCUGAACGUGAAGGACAUGGAGUCCAAGGAGCGCCGCAAGAAGGGCAACGUCUUUUAA